AUGGUUGUCCAGGAGCCCACUGAUGUCGAUGCCUUCGAUGACAUUCUUUCCAAGAACAAGGGAAAGCUGAUUGUUGUGGAUUUCUAUGCUACCUGGUGCGGACCGUGUAAGCAAAUGGCUCCGAAAUUCGCUAGACUAUCGGAAGAACACACCGACGUGCUCUUUCUGAAGAUUGAUGUUGACGAAUGCGAAGACAUUGUUUCAAAAUAUGACAUCAAAGUGAUGCCGACCUUCGUCUUCGUUCGUGACGGAGCACAGAUCGAUAUCGUCGAAGGAAGUGUGGAGGACCAGCUGAAAACAAAAAUUUUGAAACAUAAAUAA